CUUGCUGAGCAGGAGCAGGGAGCAGCGUGGUUUCAUACUUUUGUUGAGAAGGCCACGCCUCUGGUCUGCUGCUGCAGCUCGGUGUGUAGUGUGACAGCCGCUUGCCUUGAAUUUAUUUCAGCCGGGGACGAGAGAGAAAUUAGGAGGGACGAAUAAGGCGGAUAUCGUUGCCCUCUCUCUCUCUCAUGCAGUUUUGAAGAAGACGCCCCCUCCCUGCACCUGUUCUGCUUCGUCUUAUCGCCGUCUCGCCGGAGUUGAGCCUCUUGCGAGUGAGCGGACGUCGCUUCUCAUUGUUAGAUAGACGUUGUUUUUGAGCAUGACUUCGACGUACAACCUGGAUUUCCACCCUCUGGCCGAAAGUCGGCUAAUGACUUCGAGCGACACAAUCAACGGCAACGGCAGCAAGAUGAACGGGUCGCUGGAGCACUUGGACCAGCCAGACCCAGACUCCAUCAAGAUGUUUGUGGGACAGAUCCCACGCUCCUGGUCAGAAACCGAACUAAAAGAGCUGUUUGAGCCAUUUGGAGCUGUGCAUCAGAUCAACAUCCUCCGUGAUCGCACCCAGAAUCCUCCCCAGAGCAAAGGAUGCUGUUUUGUAACUUUUUAUACAAGAAAAGCUGCACUGGAGGCCCAGAAUGCACUGCACAACAUAAAGACCUUAAGUGGGAUGCAUCAUCCUAUUCAGAUGAAACCCGCUGACAGUGAGAAAACAAGUGCGGUAGAAGACCGAAAACUCUUCAUCGGAAUGGUUUCAAAGAAAUAUGGCGAGAACGAGAUCAGGAUGAUGUUCUCAUCUUUUGGACAGAUCGAAGAGUGCCGAAUUCUCAGAGGGCCAGAUGGUCAGAGCCGAGGCUGUGCGUUUGUCACAUUUGCUACCAGGGCAAUGGCACAGAAUGCAAUCAAAACCAUGCAUCACUCUCAGACUAUGGAGGGAUGUUCCUCACCUUUGGUGGUGAAGUUUGCAGACACACAGAGAGAUAAGGAGCAGCGGCGCCUGCAGCAGCAGCUAGUACAGCAGAUCCAGCAGCUCAACAGCGCCUCCACCUGGGGAAACCUGACUGGCCUGGGGACUCUCACACCACAGUACCUGGCUCUGCUCCAACAGGCUACAUCUACCAGUAACCAAGGCAGUUUCAAUGGUAUUCAGAGGCUUGGAGCGAGUGUGAAUCCCCUUCAGCUGCAGAACUUGGCCACGUUAGCUGCUGCUGCAGCUGCAGCCCAGAGUUCUGGCAGCCCAACCUCCACCAGCGCGCUGUCUACAAACAGUGGAGCCCUGGGAGCCCUGGCCAGUCCAGCAGCCGGUACAACAGCGGGGUCCAGCGCGGGUGCUGCCAUGAACACCUUGGCAUCUCUGGGCACCUUACAGGGUCUCACUGGGACCUCUGUGGGCCUCAACCUCAACGCUCUCACCAACAGCGUCAGUGGUAUGGGGGCGAUGAAUGGAGGCCUGGGAGCCUCCAUGGCCAACGGGUCAGCAGCCAGCUCCAUGGACGCUCUGACCCAAGCCUACUCAGGGAUGCAGCAGUACACAGCCUCCGCCCUGCCCUCCCUUUACGGCCAGUCCCUCCUGCAGCAGAGCAUUGCAGGCAGCCAGAAGGAAGUAGGGCCAGAGGGUGCCAACCUGUUCAUCUACCACCUGCCACAGGAGUUUGGGGACCAGGAUCUUCUGCAGAUGUUUAUGCCUUUUGGAAAUGUGGUCUCUGCCAAAGUCUUCAUUGACAAACAGACCAAUUUGAGCAAGUGCUUUGGGUUCGUCAGCUACGACAAUCCUGUGUCCGCGCAAGCUGCCAUCCAGGCCAUGAAUGGUUUCCAGAUUGGAAUGAAGAGGCUGAAGGUUCAGCUGAAGCGCUCCAAGAACGACAGCAAACCCUACUGAUCCUAGCCCCGGGGCCUCCCCCCCCCCUUCCCAGCUCUAUUGCUAGCACUGCUAGGGUAAGUUCACCCUCCAGCCAAGGUCACCACAGCAGAGACUUGGUGGGGAAGGGGGAAAGGAGCCCACCACAGGAGGGAAACUCAGUCUAUUCCUAAAAAAAUGAUUGCAAUGAUUUUUCCAGAUUUUACUGUAUUUCAUUCCUGCGGUUUUAUCAUGUAAUUUGCGUCGAAUUAAAUAUUUUAAAUUAUAUGAUUAUUUAUGACUAUCACUGGAGUCAGUGUUUGCUGGAGGUAUUUUGUGUCACUGUAAUUAGUGGAGAGCAUCCGGUGUGUUUCCAUGCCAUUUCAUUGCCUUCAGGUCAAGCUAGACAGGUUGACUAAGGAUCAGGUUUUGUGUUGAAGGGCUGAAGCCAGGACAUGUAGACCCACAGCUUCAACCAGCGUUUGGCUUUUUUUUUCUUUUUUCUUUUUCUUUUUUUUUAACAUGUAGUCUGUCUCGCUCAUUUGUCUUUUUUUAAUGUGAAAAUCUUUUGCACUCUAAGUCUUUGCUUCCCCCUCCAUCUCGCCCUUUUUUGUCUCCCACCCUUUCUCUCUGUAAGCCAUGUUGAGCUAGGCUACCUCUCUCUUUUCUCUAUUAACAACCUCUUCCAGUAAUUCCAUCCAUCCUCCAAGUCUCCCACAAGGGACUGGCUCUAGAUGGAUCCCUUUGGGUGCCAAGUAUACAGUUUGUGCAUGUUGGAGUCUCUGCCAUAUGUCCUAGUGGUGUCAUUUUCUUAAAUCUGUGUAUUGUUUUUUGUGUGUUGGGGGUCAGAAGGGGGUUGUUUACCGCACUGUCCUUAUUGUAUGUGGUGAUUGGCAUUGUUUUUGUUGGUUUUUGUGCCUCAUGGCUAAACAAUUCUUGUGCUGUGCCCCUAACUUUCUCUUCUCUCCUCUCUUUGUCCUCUCUCUCUCUUUUUCUCUCUCUUUCUCUCUCCCUGUCUCCCUCUUCCUUUUGUGUUUUUGUUCCUUUUUUAGAACAAAUCUCCAUGCCUGUUUGCUCAUCAUUAGCCUAGCAUGUCUUCAUGAUGUUGAAAGCCAAGCCAAACUCCUGGCCUCAUCAUCCCACCAUUGUCUGUGAUGUCUCUCUAAGCUCGCCUGACCAAUACCUGGCCACCCACUGACCCUUGACCUUAGCUCAACCUGAUUUUUCUGCAUGUAUAUUCUUUUUUUGUUGUUGUUGUUGUUCUAUAUAGAAAUGUGACAGGUGGGAGAGAGGUCAAACAAAUCAAUGUGAAAACAUACCUGCGUUGAAUUCAUUUAAGAGACUUUUUUUUUUUUUUUUUUUUUUUUUUUUUUGCAAAUGUUUUAAAACCUGUGGGAUUUCUUAUUUUUAAUUUAGCAUUGUUUUUUAUGUUGCUUUUCUUUUUACCUCUCUCAGUAAAGUUCACUUGAAAGUUGAAUACAGGGAUUGGCACACAUCUGUGCUAUUUGGUGCCAUUAGCAAUAUGUUGGCUUCUUAAAAAAAAAAAAAAAACGAAACAAAACAAAAAAAAACAUGCUACAGACCACUUUCCAACACUUUUGAAAGUCUGAAUCGUAAAACCCCUCUCAGUGCUCUGUAAUGAUCUCUACAUUUUGCGGGCAGUGUGAAGAUUUACACCAAGGCUAUUUAACUUCUUUUUUUUUUUUCUUUUUUUUUUUUUCCAUUUACAAAAAUACCCUGUGUAUUUACCUUUUUUUGAACUAUUGAUGGCACAAUAAAAGGUACAUUUGCUCUGUUUAGAGAAAUGACUACCGACAUGAGUCAACUUUUUUAGAACUGAUUCACAAAUAGACAAUCUGUGGUUUAAAUGCACACUUAGAUUACCUAUAUUUUAUACCAUUGAAGCUAUAGAAGUUUAACUAACAGAACCCAGGAAAAACUUUGGGUUUUUUGUAGAUUAUGUUGUUAUGUCAUCUGUGUCGGGGGGUGGGGGGUGUCUUCAGUGUACAUUUUUAAAUAAGGCUUAAAAAUCAGUUUGAUCAGUGUGACCGCUUGAGGGUCACUUCUGGUAAAUUUAAAAAACCCACUUUAAGUCAAGAAAUUCCUCUGCAUUAAUUGUAAUUUCAAUUUCUGAGGAAAAACUACUUUUUUCACAGUAUGUAGACUUAAUUUUUUUUUUUUUCCUGCGUUCAACUUCCACGGUACGUCUUGUUGAAUUUCUGUGAAUUUCUCAUUAAUAAUUUAAUUAAUGGAUGUUUCACUUUGGUUUAGUUUGGAUGCCUCAUGUUGAAAGAUGAUUUACACUGUCUGUUACUCAUACAGAUGCCAGACAAUGUCUUUUUUUUUUUUUUUCUUAAAGUGCCCAUGUGUUAAACUCGGUGUUUUGAAUUCAUACAGCAUACUUUCCUGUAAUAUUACCAUAUUUUUUUAAAAUUUCUUUGUUACACACACAUUUUCAAACAAUGCGACACACAAAACUCUUCCUGUAGUUGCAAAUGUGGGAGCCCCUGAAGAAGAGAUCACUUGGACACAACACACAACCUGUGGGUCUCUGCACAUUUUAUAAACACACUCACGCUUGCUUUUUUUUUUUUUCUUCCAAUUUUAAUUUUUUGCUAAUUUUUUUUUUUUUUUUUUAAGUGACUUCCAAUAUCACCUAUACACAAUGCACAGCACGUUAAUCCUGCUAAAUCCACCACAGUGUUGGUUUACAAGUACAUUCCAUUGUUUCAGCACGAAGUUUACACUUUUUUUUACCGGGGUGGUAUUUUGUCUGUUGUACCACAAGAUAACAACCACUUCACCCCCAAAGAAGAAGGGUUCCCUAAAACUGCUUACCUGAUGGCGCUAAAGAGUUGUCAACUCAGGGGCUUUUUUUUUGUGUGUAUGUGUGUGUGGGCGUGUGUGAAUUUGGACACUGACACAGGAUUACGACACAAAAUGCACAAUUGUCACCAUUUGACCUUUUUCAGUUGGAUUUUUUUUUUCUCUCAAACCGCAUAAAUAUUCCAAAAAAAGAAAGAAGGAAAUUAAAGGGUACCAAAUUUGAACCAGUGCUCGAGGAAAGUUGUAGUUUUGUAAGGUAACGUUAAGCACAAUAGUGGGAGCUAAUCAUUUUUGCAGAAUGCCGUGUGUGAGAGUGUGUGAGUGAGAGUGACUACAAUCCCAACAUUUUCAAGGUACCACUGAUUUCACUUUUUAAUAUGGGCAUGUGCUUUUUACAGUGUGUUUUUUCUAUCCAAAUGCAAUACAAUAUUCAAAGUGCCAUAUAUACGUAUAGAAACUGCCUACACAUCCUUAUUAGGCCUUGGUUUAGAGAUUGCUGCAGUUAGCCUUUUUUUUGUUGUCUAUUAACGCCAGUGUCAUGAAGGCUCUUGUCACCUGCUCAUGUGCCCCCACUCUGUGUUGAGUUAUUGGUAAAUGUGUAUUGUGAUGUGCUCGAUUUGAACAGCUGGUUUUAAAAAAAAAAACUGUAGAUAAACAAUAAACUUCCCUCUACAUUUGAAGGUUAAACCUCCUUUCUUAGUGAGUGUGAACACAUGUAUACUGUAACACUUUACAAUCGAUCACUCAUUGUGUCAAAGACGAGCUGAAACUCAAGAAAAGACGACUUGGGUGCCAUAUUAUUAAGAUCUUUUGAAUGCUAAAAUUGUGUCAAACACUGAAAUGAUUGCAGAUCUAUGGAGAUAAUGCAGUGUGUAGUGAAGUGUUGCUGUGAAUGAUUUAAAAAAAAAAAAAAAAAAAAAUAGAAAAGAAAAAGCACAAUGUACAGUCCCAACAGGAACUUGACUCACUUCAGGGGCUUCCAUCACAAAUCCCAUUCAAGCUCUAACAAUCACUUUCUUUGUUCUGCGUGUUCAUAUUCUGAAGUGCUAUUUUCUGACAGUGUGGUAGCUUUGCAUCUCUAUAGAUAUUGUCUUGAUCCAAAAGAAAAGAGAGGAAAAAAAAAUAAAAAAUCUUGCGUUAUUUUCUUGUCUGAUAAUCGGUAGGACUUUGUUCAUGUUCCACCAAUAAUUUAAUAGAUGUUUUAUCUUGUCUUGAUGAAAGCCAAAGUGGGUGCAUCUUGAUGUGAUCUGUAUUAUACAUACAGUAGAUUUUUUUUUUUUUCUGUUCAGUCAAUAUGAAUUUUUUGAAACUGGGUGGGAUUUGAAAAAGAAGAAAAAGACAAACAGGCUUUCCAAUUUCUACAACUGGUUGUUCAUAUGUAUUUUGUACCAGUGAAGCUUUUAUAUUGGAAAUUAAAGAAAAAAAAAAUCUAUAUUGGAAAAAAAAAAUUGUCUGGCCUCUCAAUGUGGCCUCGCCUUGACCAGGUCUUGAGUUCGGCCUCUUGGUGGUGUCCAGCAAUUUUUUUUUCUUUUGUUUUGGUCUCUUUUUUUUGUUUUUUGUUUUAUUUUACUUUGAUCUCUACAUGUCCCUCACUUCGUUAAUCAGUUUCCGUUUCGGGGGGGUUGGGAUCCUCUAAAUCGUGGUAAGUUUCAUGUUAGUAUUUGUGCUGUCCACAUAGUUUAAUGGUCAUCAGGAUUUUGACAACUUGUGUGAAUAAUUGUCUUAGUUGAACAGUUAACUACAGUAUCUGUUUAGUUUGAGCCUUGCUUUUUUCCUUUUCUUUUUUACCUGUGUAGAGUUUUCCGUUUUUUCCCAUAGCGGAGUGUGUAGCCGAAAGACUCUGUGUUCUUUUUUGGUCAGUGUUUGUUCAUGUGUGGUGUGUUUCUUUGCCUCUGUCUCCAAAUUAAACCAUAUCCCCUAA